AUGUCCCGCCGGGCGGCGACUGGCGACUGCUGGUGCGUCUGCUCGGCGCUGCUCGGCCGUCGUCGCCUCGGCGUCGUGGUCGCGCGCGCAGCCCGCCGCGCCGUUUUAUGCGCGGGUCGCGCCGCCCGGGGUAAUGGAGCAGACAUAGAUGGUGGUGCAGGUAAUGGAGCAGACAUAGAUGGUGGUGCAGGUAAUGGAGCAGACAUAGAUGGUGGUGCAGGUACAGGUAAUGGAGCAGACAUAGAUGGUGGUGCAGGUAAUGGAGCAGACAUAGAUGGUGGUGCAGGUAAUGGAGCAGACAUAGAUGGUGGUGCAGGUAAUGGAGCAGACAUAGAUGGUGGUGCAGGUAAUGGAGCAGACAUAGAUGGUGGUGCAGAUGUGAUUUCACGGAAGAUGCAAGUGGAAAAGCUGAACUUAGUGGCGACCAUGGCGUGUCGGGGUUCCGAGGUUUCCGGCUGGGCAGGUGGCGGCCUGGAUGUGGAGCAGCGUUCCCGUGAGCCCGUGCGCACGCACUCGCACACACGCAGGGAGCGGCGAGGAAUGCAGACGCUGCGCUGA